AUGGAGGUCGUCUCUCCAGGGCCGUCAAAUGGCAUCCCUUCGCCGACAGUCUCGAUAACUAUUGACCCAGAGGUUGUGCUUCACUACCUAGCCGACGUUAUCCAGGGAACACUUGGCGCUUUAAGGAGAGACCUUGAAAGUACUGGCAGUUUGCUGUCACAAGCAAAGUACUCCGAGACCCUCCAAAGAUGCGGACGUUUCGCCUCUGAAGCGCAGAUAGCUCUAUAUGCGCACAAAGAUACUGCUGGACCGGAGCAAAUUAAUGGAUCAGAAGAUGACCCUUCAACAGAGCAUAUCCACUAUGUCUACACUCUCGGCUCAGAGUUAUCAAUAUCUCCCACCACCACUGCAGCUAUGGCGUUCUUCAAGCCGGGGCAACCCAUCGACCCAGCCAUUCCUCUCUAUUCACAGAUUCAGGUCCUUACCCUCCCUGGGUUUGCCUCGUUAAAUAAUUCAUCCAGCCCCCAGGGUCCGCCAAUCUCGCCGUACGAGAUCAUAUACUCCUUCGUUCAUCAUGGAUUGUCACCGUACUACGAGGCAUGUACUCGUGGACAUGAUAGCAUCCAAGGGUCGAAAGGGAGGAAUGACACCGACCCUAAGACCGGAGAGGUUCGUGCAAAGCAAAAGUUCGCAGAGCUCGAGCUUGCCCUGUCACAUCUACAGCAGAAUAUUGAGAUACCAGCCCUUAGCCUUCCAUUGCACGAAAUUGUGCAGGCUGCCCUAGACGAAGCCCAGAGCCGGGGCAUCGAACCGUCCGUCGAAUUGGUCCCUCCAGCUGUGUUAGACAACCAUGCAGUCAUCAACAGCAUACAAAAUAACGUGAAUGGAUGGAUAAAGUCAAUUCAAGCUAUUACUAAAAUGUCUAGAGACCCUGACAACGGGUCUGCAGUUCAGGAGAUAAAUUUCUGGCUAUCAAUGGAGUCUGCACUCGAGGGUAUUGAAACAGCUCUACGCGAUGCUGGAGUACAACUUACGAUGGAUGUUCUUCGACACGCGAAACGAUUUUCAACUACGCUAAGUUUCUCUGCUGACACUGGAUUGAAGGAAGCUAUGGAGACAGUGCAGAAAUACAAUCAACUCCUUCGUGAUUUCCCACUUGAUGAACUAGAGUCUGCAACCUCACUCCAAAAAGUGCAAGAAGCUCUGAAUCUCAUUUUCUCUCACCUGAACAAGAAACUACGUAUUUGUCCAUACCCGAUUAAACGUGCCCUUUCCCUGGUUGCGGCGAUUUCUGGAGACCUGGACUUGACAAUCCAUAAGCUGAUUCCCGGGCGGAGUAUAAUGCACUAUGAUUACACUGAAUUCCAUUCUCUCAUGCGCGCUGCUCAGAUUGUUUGGCGAACCUGGGAUGAGAAUAUCAAAGAAUUUACCAAUGUUGCUCGUGAUGCUAUGAGGAGACGCAACGAGAAGUUUAUUCCCAUCAAGGUUAAACCAAAACAUGCAGAAACCCAGGACCGACUGAAGUUUAUUAAUACCUUCCGCACAAAUCAUGAGCAGCUUCAGCGAACAAUAAUUAAUGUACUCGGCACAAAAUCGAACCAAGGAGCAACAUCCCUGUCUGCUGGGGCGGAUAACUCGGCUGCCCUGGAAGAGUUUGGCGAUGUUGAUGCUGUAGAGCAGGUUGCUCAGGCGUACAACGCUCUAAAGGAUGUGGAUGUUCUCGAUGUCAGCCCUAAGGGAACUCAGGCAUGGAUUCAGGCAGAAUCUGCCUACAACGAGCGCACUUCUCGCGUUGAAAAUUUGAUGAUUGCUCGGCUCCGUGAUAAGCUUGCCACUGCCCAAAAUGCCAACGAAAAAUUCAGAGUAUUUUCGAAGUUCAAUGCAUUGCUUGUACGACCGAAGAUUAGAAGUGCAAUUGGUGAGUACCAGACCAAGCUCAUCGACAAUGUAAAGCAGGACAUUGCAGCUUUGCAUGAACGGUUCAAGCAACAGUAUGGCCACUCAGAAGCUCAUGCAAUGGCGCAGCUUCGAGAUCUGCCACCUGUCUCGGGAGCUAUUAUCUGGGCCCGGCAGAUAGAACGGCAGCUGGAUGGUUAUAUGCGAAAAGUUGAGGACGUCCUUGGUGAAGACUGGGAUCUUCACGCAGACGGGCAAAAAUUACAGGCUGAAAGUAAUAUGUUUCGCAAGAAGUUAGACACUCGACCAGUAUUCCAAGCCUGGGUACAGGAUGUCAAGCGACGAAAUAUUGCUAUCUCUGGUCGAUUGUUCGUUAUUUCUCGAAACCGAGCAGCUGGGAAUUCGCUUGAAUUAGCUGUUAACUUCGAUGCUCAGAUCAUUGCUCUUUUCAAGGAGGUCCGGAAUCUUGUUUGGUUGAACUUUCAAAUCCCACAUGCAAUUACUAGCGUGUCAAAGGAGGCCAAGCGCGUUUAUCCAUUUGCAAUUAGCUUGAUGGAGAGUGUACGGACACUACACCAGACGGACAGAGCAAUUGCAUCCAUGUCACAGUCUGCAAUUCUGCUAAAUGGAUAUAAAAACGAUGUUCAGGCGCUGAUAGUAAAAGGCCUUCCCCUGAGGUGGGAGUCGUUCAUUCAUUCCUAUGAGAUUCAUGUCAAACAAGGUCUUGCGAAUGGCCCAACAGAUCCUUCUGCUGCCGGCCCCGGCCGCGGUGAAAGCAAGCACGUUCAAUUUGUUCGUGAAUUUGCAAUUUCCACUUCUGUACUGCAAUCAAAGACUGCAACGUUGGCCACCAUGGAUGACAAUAUUCAGAAAGCCAUUCUUGCUCUUAAGACUUGCCCUUAUGAUGUGACUGUCUUCCGCAAUCGCAUUGAUCAAAUUCAGAUCGCAAUUGACAAACUUAACCUCGAAAAUUACGCAAAUCUUGGGUAUUGGGUUGCAAACCUGAAUAGCAAAAUUGAAACAAUUCUCCAAGACCGACUUCGGGGUGCUCUUCGCCGUUGGAUCGCGUCCUUCCAACAUGCGGGGGAUGAGCAAACUGGCCACAAUAUAGAGGCUAAUGGUAGCGGAGAGGAGCAGGACUCAUCAUACAUUCAAUUUCCGAAGUCACUCCACGAGAUUUCUAUGAAAAACCAGGUCAUGCAUCUCGAUCCACCACUAGAAUACGCUAGAGCUUCAUGGUACGCUCAUUUUGACGAAUGGGUGGGCAUUCUUUGCAACCUCGAAAAGAUAAAGUCCUCAAGAUAUAAGAUGUCAAUCCAUGCUGACAACGGUUCCUAUUCUGAGACACACUUUUCUGAUAUUCCACAAUAUUGCUCGGAAGAAUUGAAUGAAGUGUACUCCCUUAUAGAAACACGACUAGAGGAAAUCUCGGAGUAUGUGGAUAAAUGGCUUCAGUUCCAGUCAUUAUGGGACCUCCAGUCAUCCCAUGUAUACGAUAUCCUCGGUGAAGACCUGUCUCAAUGGCUUCAACUUCUACAUGAAAUUCGCAAAAGCCGUGGUACAUUUGACACGUCUGAGGUUCGACGGUCGUUUGGGAAUGUUCGCAUCGAUUAUGAGCAAGUCCAGACUAAGGUCAACGCAAAAUAUGACCAAUGGCAAAGGGAGAUUUUGCUGAAAUUUGCUGGGAAGCUUGGGACCCGCAUGCGAGAUGUGCACGCUGAGCUUGAGGCAGCACGACGAGAUUUGGAAGGCCAGUCGCUGGAAGCUUCUUCGACCGCCCAAGCUGUUUCAUUUAUCACCAUUGUCCAGCAAUGCAAACGAAAGGCAAAACUCUGGGAACCAGAGAUCGACUUAUUCUUGCAAGGACAAGCUACCCUUAUACGACAGCGGUACCAAGCUCCUAGUGACUGGCUACCCGCUGAUCGAGUUUCUGGAGAGUGGGAUGCUCUGAAUGAAAUAUUAGAACGCAGAAGUAAAACCGUGCAAGACCAGACUGAUGCUCUAAGAGCGAAGAUAUCUGCGGAGGAUAGAGUUAUUAAUGAGAAGAUUGUAGAAGCUGUUCACCAGUGGAAUGAAGAAAAACCGGUCUCCGGAUCAACCCCCCCAGAAGAGGCUUCUGCAACACUCAGUUACUUCCAAUCCCGCCUUGAGAAGCUACAAUCGGAAUCAGAAAUGGUGUCCAAAGCGAAAGAAGCCCUUGACCUGCCUAGCAGCCCUGAAACUACACUUGCGGCGAUCCUGGAGGAAGUGCAAGAUUUCAUGGCUGUAUGGGCCGCUCUAUCAACAAUAUGGAAGAGCUUAAAUGAAUUACGUGAUACACUCUGGAAUAGUAUCCAGCCACAUGGGCUCAUCAAAAUGACAAAAGAAAUGCCCAGUCGAAUGCGCCAAUAUGCGGCUUUCGAGCAUAUUCAGAAUGUGCUCCGAGGCUUUCUUAAAGUUAACCCACUACUCGCAGACAUGAAAUCUGAGGCCGUUCGUGAGCGCCAUUGGCAGAAGAUCUUCAAGGCUCUCAAGCCGGGAAAGCGGUUCUCGCAGAUAUCCAUGACUCUUGGAGACGUUUGGGAUCUGCAACUUGGACCCAGCGAAACAGUUAUCCGAGAUAUCAUUACACAAGCCCAGGGAGAAAUGGCGCUGGAAGAGUUCUUGCGAAGUGUUCGCGAAACCUGGCAAAGCUAUACCUUAGAUCUUGUGAAUUACCAAAACAAAUGCCGCUUGAUCCGCGGAUUUGAUGAUUUGUUUGCUAAAUGUAGUGAAAACCUGAACUCUCUUCAGGCAAUGAGGCAUUCCCCGUACUAUAAAGAAUUCGAGGAAGAAGCCACGACUUGGGAGGAUAAACUCACCAGAGUGCAUGUCCUCUUCGAUGUUUGGAUCGAUGUCCAGAGGCAGUGGGUUUACCUAGAAGGGGUAUUUACCGGGAAUGCUGAUAUCAAACAUCUCUUGCCCCUUGAAUCUGGAAGGUUCCAAAAUAUCAACUCCGAGUUCUUUGCCGUCAUGAAGAAAGUGUACAAAUCUCCUCUGAUACUAGACGUGCUGGCGAUUACUGGUGUUCAAAAGUCACUUGAAAGGCUAGCAGAGUUGCUCCACAAGAUUCAAAAGGCACUGGGUGAAUACCUAGAAAAGGAACGUGUAUCGUUCCCACGCUUCUAUUUCGUUGGAGAUGAGGAUCUCCUUGAAAUAAUUGGCAACAGCAAUGAUACCCUCCGAGUCGCAAAACAUUUCAAGAAGAUGUUUGCUGGACUUUCAGGUCUUCUGAUUGAUGAUGAUGGAAACAUCAUUGGGGUUAGUUCAAAGGAAGGAGAGGAAGUCAUGUUAAAGCGUGAAGUUUCAUUGGCAAAGACACCCAGAAUAAAUGAUUGGCUUACUGCGCUUGACAACAACGUGAAGUUGACACUAGCCGAGCUAUUGACGGAGGCAAUUGAACAAUUUGAACCUAUUUACAGCGCCCCAGAAGUCGACUCCACUGCUUUCCAAGACUACAUCGCAAACUAUCCAGCUCAAAUUGUCGUGUUAGGCAGCCAGGUAGUCUGGACCAAUGCUGUUCAGAAAGCCCUUGAAGCCGGCGGUGAGGGAUUAUCAGCGUUAUAUGAUGCUGAAGUCAGAGUCCUCAAUAUUCUCGCACUCACCGUCCUAGGCGACCUAGAUCCUAUUACACGCAAGAAAUGUGAACAUUUGAUCACCGAGUUUGUUCAUCAAAGAGAUGCGAUAGCAAAACUCAUGAGCUUCAAAGCUUCCUCACCUACUCAUUACUUAUGGCUUUUGCAAAUGCGAUAUGUCUAUCAGCCCACUGGAGAUUUCUUGCAACGUCUUCACGUCCAUAUGGCGAAUGCAAAACUAAGCUACGGCUUCGAAUACUUAGGUGUUCCAGAACGCCUUGUCCGCACACCACUUACAGACCGAUGUUUCUUAACUCUUACACAAGCAUUAUGUCAAAGAUUAGGUGGAUCUCCGUACGGGCCUGCUGGAACUGGUAAAACGGAGUCCGUUAAAGCCCUUGGUUUGCAGCUUGGCCGAUUUACUCUAGUCUUCUGUUGUGAUGAUACAUUUGACUUCCAAGCAAUGGGCAGAAUUUUCCUGGGUAUCUGCCAGGUAGGUGCCUGGGGGUGUUUCGAUGAGUUUAACCGUCUUGAAGAACGAAUCCUGUCUGCGGUCUCUCAGCAGAUACAAAACAUUCAGAUUGGCCUGAAAAACAGCGAGGAUGAAACAAAGGCCCAGAUUGAUCUCGUCGGGCGUCAAUUACGAGUUAACAUGAAUACCGGAAUUUUCAUUACAAUGAAUCCUGGAUAUGCUGGCCGUUCAAACUUGCCAGAUAACUUGAAGAAACUAUUCCGAAGUGUUGCAAUGUCCAAACCCGAUAAGGAGCUUAUUGCGGAAGUUAUGCUCUUUUCUCAAGGCUUCAAACAAGCAAAGCCUCUUUCUAGACAAACUGUGCCCUUCUUCGAUCACUGCGCGAGCCGCCUCACAAAACAGGCCCAUUACGAUUUUGGGCUUCGUGCUUUAAAGAGUGUCCUCGUAAGCUCAGGUGGGCUAAAACGACUUCGUCUUGCAAAUUCAGAAGGGGAUAUCGGACCAGAUGAGUUCAUUGAGCCACAGAUUAUUGUUCAAAGCAUUCGGGAAACGAUUGCCCCCAAACUCAUUCAAGAAGACGUUGAGACUCUGUUAGAAAUUCAAGCUAGUGAUUUCCCUGGGGUUGAAUAUGUCCCGGCCAACUUCGAAAAACUUACCCAAGCAAUCAGGGAUAUCGCCGCUGAAAAUCAUUACGUUGCUUCAGAUAUUUGGAUCGCGAAGAUUUUACAGCUGUACCAGAUUCAAAGUAUCCACCAUGGUGUGAUGAUGGUAGGUAGCUCAGGGUCAGGCAAGAGUGCAGCAUGGAAGGUCCUCCUGCAAGCUCUACAACGCGUUGAGGGCGUGGAAGGCGUUUCUCACAUCAUCGACUCCAAGGUUAUGUCUAAAGAGGCCCUGUACGGGAACCUUGAUAAUACCACUCGUGAAUGGACAGAUGGCCUUUUCACUGGCAUCCUUAGGAAGGUCGUGGAUAACCUUCGUGGUGAAGACUCAAAACGCCAUUGGAUUGUAUUUGAUGGUGAUGUUGACCCUGAAUGGGUUGAAAAUCUAAACAGUGUUUUGGACGAUAACAAGCUACUUACUCUGCCAAAUGGAGAGCGUCUAAAUCUCCCUCAAAAUGUCCGGGUCAUGUUCGAGGUCGAGAAUCUCAAGUAUGCUACUCUCGCUACUGUUAGUCGUUGUGGCAUGGUGUGGUUCAACGAUGAUACUGUUACUUCAACCAUGAUGAUCACAAACUAUGUUGAGGCCCUCAAGGAGAAAACAUUUGAGGACCUGGAUGAUGAUAGCGUGCCUGCUGGCCAGUCUUCCGAAAAGACCUUGGCUACCCAAGAGGCUCUUGCAACAUUCCUUGGGGAACUUCUAUUAAGGGGCGAUGUUAUACUUAAUGCUUUGCAACAAGCCAGACAAUACACCCAUAUCAUGGACUACAGUGACAUUCGUGCCCUUGGUACCUUGUUCAGCCUGUUGAACAAAGCUUGCCGAAAUAUUCUUGAGUAUAACAUUCAACAUGUCGAUUUCCCAUUAGAACCUGAACAAGCGGAAUCCUACAUGUCAAAAAAGCUCCUUCUAGCGCUUGUAUGGUCGCUUACCGGUGACUGUCCUCUUGGCGAGAGAAAGAAAUUCGGCGAAUACGUUGUUGCUUUCUCUUCGACUGAUACCCCGGUGUUAGGUGAUUCUGCAUCACUAAUUGAUUACGAUGUCUCACUACCUAAGGCCGAAUGGACACCAUGGCAGUCACAAGUGCCUUCCAUCGAGAUCAACACCCACUCAGUCACACAGACAGAUGUUAUUAUCCCAACUCUAGAUACCGUUCGCCAUGAGGAUGUCCUGUAUUCUUGGCUUGCUGAGCAUAAACCACUCCUUCUCUGUGGCCCACCUGGUUCUGGAAAGACAAUGACAUUGUUCUCUGCCUUGAGAAAGCUACCGAACAUGGAGGUUGUUGGACUUAACUUUUCUAGUGCUACAACGCCUGACUUGCUGAUCAAAACGUUCGAACAGUAUUGUGAAUAUAAGAAGACAUUGAAUGGUGUAGUGAUGUCUCCCAGCCAAAUUGGUCGCUGGCUAGUUAUUUUCUGUGACGAAAUCAACCUUCCAGCACGGGACCAAUAUGGAACUCAGCGUGCAAUUUCCUUCCUGAGGCAGCUUGUUGAACAAAACGGCUUUUGGCGAACUUCGGACAAGACCUGGAUUACUCUUGAUAGAAUCCAAUUCGUCGGUGCAUGUAACCCUCCAACUGAUGCAGGUCGAACGCCACUGGGUGCGCGGUUCCUCCGACAUGCGCCAUUGGUUAUGGUAGAUUACCCUGGAGAAAUAUCCUUGCUGCAGAUUUAUGGUACAUUCAACUCCGCAGUCCUCAAAAUUAUCCCAAUGCUCCGAGGAUAUUCGGAGGCUCUCACGAAAGCGAUGGUGCAAUUCUACCUAGAGUCCCAAGCCAGAUUUACUACAAAGAUUCAACCUCAUUAUGUUUAUUCCCCACGAGAACUUACUAGGUGGGUACGUGGUGUGUACGAAGCAAUCAAACCACUUGAAACUUUGUCCAUUGAAGGACUCGUUCGAAUUUGGGCCCACGAAGCGCUACGAUUGUUCCAAGAUCGUCUUGUAGACGAAAGUGAGCAGCAGUGGACUGCUGAGUCUGUCAAACGGAUUGCUCUGGAACACUUCCCGAACAUUGAUGAAAAUGCGGCCCUAAGCUCCCCGAUUCUCUUCUCGAACUGGCUCUCUAAAAAUUAUGUUCCAGUGGAGCAAGAGCAACUACGGGACUUUGUCAAGGCACGAUUACGCACUUUCUGCGAGGAAGAGGUUGAUGUACCUCUCGUACUUUUCAAUGAUGUUUUGGAGCAUGCUCUUCGUAUUGACAGAGUAUUCCGUCAACCCCAGGGCCACCUUAUUUUAAUUGGAGUAAGCGGUAGUGGUAAGACUACCUUGUCUAGAUUUGUUGCCUGGAUGAAUGGUCUCAAAGUCUUCCAAAUUAAAGUACAUGGGAAAUAUUCCGGCGAAGACUUUGACGAAGACCUUAGAAGCGUUCUUCGUAGGGCUGGUUGCAAAGGCGAAAAGAUUUGUUUCAUCAUGGAUGAAGCUAAUGUAUUGGAUUCCGGGUUUUUGGAGCGACCCUCCCCUCUGCUCGCCAACGCCGAGGUUCCAGAUGGGUUAUCGUCUAAAGCCGCAACCAGUCCUGCGCUCUUCAACCGAUGUGUCCUCAAUUGGAUGGGAGAUUGGUCUGACCAAGCUCUAUACCAGGUUGGAUAUGAGCUUACGCAAUCGGUUGAUCUUGAUAAGCCGAACUUCAUUGCCCCAGAUAGCAUACCAGUUGCGUACCGUGGCCUAUCCCUCCCAGCUUCUCACCGCGAUACUGUCGUCAAUGCUAUGGUUUAUGUUCACUACUCGUUACAUAGAUUCAACCAACGACUCCAAAAACAACAAGACAGGUCGACCUACCUUACCCCACGUCAUUAUCUUGACUUUGUGGCGCAUUACGUUAAGCUGUUCAAUGAAAAACGCGAAGACUUGGAGGAGCAACAGAGGCAUCUCAAUGUGGGCCUUGAAAAGCUCAGAGAUACCGUCGACAAAACGAAUGGUUGCCGAUCAACGAGAGGGCAGGAGCAGCGCAAAUCAGCAUCACUUGAAAUUCAGACCGCGUUAGAGAAGCAAGAGAAAGAAGUCGCUAGCCGAAAAGAAAUUGUGCUACACGAUCUUGCGAAUGCUGAGCCUGCAGUCCUUGAAGCUCAAAAGAGUGUCAGCAACAUUAAGAAACAGCAUCUAACUGAAGUUAGAUCAAUGAGCAACCCUCCAUCAGGUGUCAGAUUGGCGCUUGAAUCGGUUUGUGCACUCUUGGGUCAUAAGGUUGAGAGCUGGAAAACAAUUCAGGGUAUUGUCCGCAAGGAUGAUUUCAUUGCAAGCAUCGUCAAUUAUGAUAAUGAGAGGCAAAUGACCCGCCAACUCCGGUCAAAGAUGCUGAAUGAGUUUCUUUCCAAAGAUGAAUUCUCAUUUGAACGGGUCAACCAUGCUAGCAAGGCUUGUGGACCUUUAGUACAGUGGGUGCAGGCGCAAGUUAAUUACUCUGCAAUCUUAGAUCGCGUUGGACCCCUUAGAGAAGAGGUGGGCCAAUUGGAAGAGCAAGCAUUACAAACUAAGGCGGAAGCGCAGGCAAUCGAGAACACGAUCAAUGACCUUGAGAAUAGUAUUGCAACUUACAAGGUGGAAUACGCAGCUCUUAUCAGCGAAACUCAGGCCAUCAAGAGCGAAAUGUCCAGGGUUGAGUUCAAGGUUGACAGAAGUGUUCGUCUGCUCGACAGCCUGUCCUCCGAAAGAUCCAGAUGGGAAGAAGGAAGCAAGACAUUCGAAACACAGAUAUCGACUCUUGUUGGCGAUGUUCUUAUCGCAGCGGCAUUCCUUGCAUACGGUGGCCUUUAUGAUCAACAAUUCAGAAAGGCAAUGGUUGACGACUGGAUGCAUCAUUUGUCUCAAUCAAACAUUGACUUGAAACCACACAAUCCAAUAACGGAGUAUUUGUCGAAUGCGGAUGAGAGGCUCUCAUGGCAGGAUAAUUCGCUCCCUGUUGAUGAUUUAUGCACAGAAAAUGCCAUUAUUCUCAAUCGUUUCAACAGAUAUCCGCUUAUCAUUGACCCCUCUGGCCGAGUUACGGAAUUCCUGGAGAAAGAGAACAGAGAUCGAAAACUUACGGUAACAAGCUUUUUGGACGAUUCAUUUGUCAAACAACUUGAGAGCGCUCUUCGAUUUGGAAACCCUAUACUUAUUCAGGACGCGGAACAUUUGGACCCUAUUCUCAACCAUGUUCUCAACAAAGAAUACCAGAAAACUGGUGGCCGUGUGCUUAUUCAACUUGGCAAACAAGAAAUCGACUUCUCUCCCGCCUUCAAGCUCUUCCUAUCUACUCGAGAUCCUUCAGCCUCUUUCCCGCCAGAUAUAUGCAGUCGAACAACGUUUGUCAACUUCACCGUUACGCAGAGCAGUUUACAGACACAGUCUCUUAAUGAAGUGUUGAAAUCCGAGCGUCCAGAUGUUGACGAACGUCGAACAAAUCUCAUCAAGGUACAAGGAGAGUUCAAGAUCCAUCUUCGCCAGCUAGAAAAGAAAUUGCUCCAGGCAUUGAAUGAGUCUCGCGGAAAUAUCCUUGAUGAUGAUAAUGUUAUCGAAACUUUGGAAACACUUAAGAAAGAAGCAUGGGAAAUUUCCAACAAGAUGAUAGAAACAGAAGGGUCUUGCAGUGCCGUCUUUGCUGUCCUUGAACAGCUUCACCACCUCAACCACUUUUACCAAUUUUCUCUUCAAUACUUUGUGGAUAUUUUUAAUGAUGUCCUUCAUAACAACAAGAGACUUGCCCAAGAGCGUGACUAUACCGCACGAGUUAACAUAAUAUUGCGAGACCUGUUUAUCGCAGCCUUCCAACGCACUUCUCUUGGGCUGCUCCAGAAGGAUCGUGUCACUUUGGCCGUUCUCCUGGCGCAAGCUUCGCCAUAUCCUAUGGACAAGGGCUUAAUAGACAUGAUACUGGAUACUACUGUCGAGGGUUAUGACGUAUCUACCGAUGGCAGUCUCCGGGAAUCAGCAAUGGCAAUUGUCGCCCAAAUGUCAGUUUUCAAGUCGACGUUACCAAACAUCUCAGCGGAGCAAUGGGAGAUGUUCCUUUCCGAAGAGUUCGCCGAGAACUUUGUUCCUUCUGUUUGGGAAGAAGGAACCAGCGCCUUUGACCAACAGCUACGCUCGUUACUACUUGUUAAACUCCUUAGGCUUGACCGAUUUGUUCCCGCCGCAGAGCGCUUCGUCGUUACUGUAUUCGGUAAAGACUUACUUGAUCACGGUGGUGACUUGAAGGAGGUCGUCGAGCAAGUAACUUCAACCACCCCGAUUGCCCUUAGUUCCAACCCCGGAUUCGACGCAAGUUAUAAGGUGGAUGGUCUUGUGGAGAGAACGCACAGAAGCUGCGCCAAUAUUGCCAUGGGUUCAAAUGAAGGUCUUGAAAGCGCAGAUAAGGCCAUUAGCAAUGCAGCAGCAACCGGAAAUUGGGUACUUGUCAAGAAUGUUCACCUUGCUCCAUCUUGGCUUCAGAGCCUUGAAAAACGCCUCGAGUCUCUUAAGCCGCAUAACGAUUUCAGACUCUUCUUAUCCAUGGAAUCAAGUCCAAAGAUUCCGGUCAAUCUAAUUAGAGCAUCUAGAGUUCUGAUGUAUGAACAACCAGCUGGCGUUCGCGCAAAUGUGAAGGAUUCCUUGUCGUCCCUUAGCCUGAGAGCAACAAGCCCACCUGUUGAAAAAGCUCGCCUGUACCUUCUACUGUCGUUCCUUCAUGCUGUUAUCCAAGAACGGCUUCGUUAUGCGCCCAGCCUUGGAUGGAAGGGCUUCUGGGAGUUUAAUGAUAGCGAUUAUGAAUGUUCCGCGUUUAUUAUCGAUACCUGGGUUGCCUCGAUCGCCCAAGGCCGCUCGAAUGUUGCACCACAGAAGAUUCCCUGGGAUCUGAUCCGGACGUUAAUCACAGAAACCUACGGUGGAAAGAUUGACGACGCCGGAGAUUUCGCACUUCUUACUAAGCUGGUCGAUACCUUCCUCACUCCCGCAGCGUUCGAAGACGACCAUAAACUGGUCCCUGAUGUGGAGAACGACGAGGCACUUAUUCUACCAACCUCUACGGGCAUCCAGGACUUCCUUGCAUGGGUGAAUCGACUACCAGAACGAGAGCCACCUACCUAUCUAGGUCUGCCCGCUAACGCUGAAAAGCUGCUGCUGGUUGGCCACGGCAAACGGAUGAUCUCGAACCUAUCAAAGAUCACCACACUACUUGAUGAAGGUGAACAGCUGAUGGUUGAAACAGCCGCCAUUUAG